AUGGCAGGUGGACACGUGCAGCCACCAGGCCUGAGAAGUCCCUGUGACCAGAGCUCAGCCCCUCAGGGAUGGGAGUCUGGAUUGUGCUACCAGAUGCUGUGGCUGCUGUUCCUGAGCCUCCCAGGCCUGGGGGGCUCCGUGCCCUCGUUCCCAGGUCCCGGCUCAGGGAGGCAGCAGGGUGGCCCCGUGGGGGCGCACAAUGCCCCCGCUGGGAGAUGGCCUUGGCAGGUCAGCGUCCGAAGGUACAAUAAGGAGCUGGAGCUGUGGCAGCACCUCUGUGGGGGCUCCCUCAUCCACCAGCAGUGGGUGCUGACCGCAGCCCACUGCACCCAGCGGGAGGACUGGGAGGCCUAUGGCCUCAGGGUUCAAGUUGGGCGGCUGAGACUCUAUGACCAUGACACACUGACAAAUGUGACUAAGAUCGUCCGCCACCCCAAGUUCAACCAGAGCCUGUCUGCAGAGGGGGGCGCGGACGUGGCCCUGCUGAAACUAGAGGCCCCUGUGACGCUCUCUGAGCUCAUCGGCCUGGUCCCCCUUGCACCUGCCUCGCUGAGGGUCCCUGAGAGGAACAUGUGCUGGGUCACCGGUUCGGGUUACAGCAGCCUCGGAG